UGGACGUCCCUGAUCACAAUUUUCCCUCCAUUUGCAGUAAAUGUCGGUUACAUCAGCUCUCUUCCUCUCUAUUUAUAGCACAUAGCACGUCUCUAUCUUAUCACAAAUUUCUCUUUCACACACAAAUUGAACACUCAAAAAACUGAAAUUCCUGUAAGCGUAUUGGAAGAUUUUGGUUCGUUGAGCUAAAAUAGAGACAUAUGGUAUCUGUAUAUCCAACACUACCGGGUCAAGAUUUCCAGUACAUGGGUGAUCCGAUGAAAACGGGUCUAAGGGGCUUGCAUCCGGUACAAUCGGGUACGGGUUUGGUGAUGCCAGAUGAUCCGAAUAAGAAGACACGGAAGCCAUAUACGAUUACUAAGUCUAGGGAGAGCUGGACUGAGCAGGAGCAUGACAAGUUUCUCGAAGCUCUGCAAUUGUUCGACCGUGAUUGGAAGAAGAUCGAAGCAUUUGUCGGGUCAAAGACUGUUAUCCAGAUACGUAGCCAUGCACAGAAAUACUUUCUGAAGGUUCAGAAGAGUGGAACAAGUGAACAUUUACCUCCCCCACGCCCAAAGAGAAAAGCAGCUCAUCCUUAUCCACAAAAAGCUCCUAAAAAGGUUAUGUCCCAAGUUGGCAGCAUCCAAUUUCAACCUCCCGGAGCUUUGCCUGAACCAGGAUUUGGUAUCGGGCCUGAUCCUUUAUCAGUUCCUGGGAAUGCAAUUAAUUUUUCUCCGUGGACUUACGACAAUGUGCCUGCUAUCAGCACGACACAGAUGAGAAAAGAUGAUGCACAAUUAACCAGUGGAGGAGUCAUGCAAAAUUGCAGCAGCAGUAGUAAUGAAAGCAUGCCUAGGAAUCGUAAGACUCCAGAGGCCAAUGAUCAAAAGGAGAGCCAGAAGCAAAUGAAAGUUAUGCCAGAUUUUGCUGAAGUUUACAGCUUCAUUGGUAGCGUCUUUGAUCCAAGUACGAGGGACCACUUAGAGAGACUAAAAAAGAUGGACCCCAUAGAUAUUCAGACGGCACUGAUGUUGAUGAAGAAUCUGUCCUUCAAUUUAUCGAGCCCUGAAUGUGAGGAUCAUAGGAGGUUGCUUUCAUCAUAUGGCUUGGGCAUUGAAAAAGAUAAAAUGGACCUUCCCAUAAAAACUGAUUUUAGAGGUAAUGCAAUCCAAGCUGUCUAGGAAGAUGGAGGAAGGUUUAGAGUAUUCGUGGCUGUUCCUGGUGGCUGGUGGAGAUGAUGGCAUGAAGAGAAAAUGGUGUAAUGAAAAGAUGUGCGGCUUGUACAUCUAGUAUGUUGAUAUGCUUCAACCUUGCAAGUUGCUCAGAGCAUUGACAUCUCCAUUCUGUACAUAUCGUUGGGAGAACAAUGCGGGGUUAGUGUAUGCUUUGAGAGGUUGCUUGUACUUGUGUAGAUUGUCUAGGGCUUGAGCUGUAUUAAUAGGUAGACUAUGCACUGCUUGUGUUGUAUAUUGUAGAGGGUUGUGCCCCUCGUUGGUUUUGCCCUACAAACAUGUAAUGGACCAAACACAUUUCAAACACUUUGCAGCAAUGUGUGUGGCAUACUGUUUUGAGAUGUUGAGAAGAAACGAAAAUGAGCUUUUGUGGUUUUGAGUAAA